CCGGCGUCUGGAGCGGGCCAUUCAGACGCGUGGGGCCGGGCCUGGCGGACGCUUGUUGUUGUCCGGCCCGGGGAGGUAGAGGUCGUUCGCUCGCUUGCUCGGGCCUUCUGUGGCGGUCGGCGGGCAGGUCGGUCGCGAUAGUCGGGCGCCGUGCACGGGCGAGGCUAUGUCGCGGUGGCAGCUCGGAUGGGCCGGCGGGGCCGGGAGUAACGGGACGUCGCUGCGGAGCUUCUUUCCCCGGAUACAGUGCGGCCCGAGCGGAGGCCGCGGCGCCGCACUCCGGUCCUGAGGCGUCCGCGCUACCCGGGGCCCGCACCGCCUUCUCACCCGCACCGACGCCAAUCGACCUGACCCUGCCUGGUCCGGUCCGGCCCGAUUGAGCGCAGAGUAAGCAGGCAGCAGUAGCCCUUUGGAGCACAGGACCUCCUCCCCGAGGACAUGAAGCUGUUGGAGAACUCCAGCUUCGAGGCCAUCAACUCGCAGCUGACCGUGGAGACGGGAGAUGCCCACAUCAUUGGCAGGAUUGAGAGCUACUCGUGUAAGAUGGCGGGCGAUGACAAGCACAUGUUCAAGCAGUUCUGCCAGGAGGGCCAGCCACAUGUGCUGGAGGCACUGUCCCCACCCCAGACCUCGGGCCUCAGCCCCAGCAGACUGAGUAAGAGCCAGGGUGGCGAGGAUGAGGGCCCCCUCAGCGACAAGUGCAGCCGCAAGACCCUCUUCUACCUGAUCGCCACGCUCAACGAGUCCUUCCGGCCGGACUACGACUUCAGCAGGGCCCGGAGCCACGAGUUCAGCCGGGAGCCCAGCCUCAGCUGGGUGGUGAACGCAGUCAACUGCAGCCUGUUCUCCGCUGUUCGGGAGGACUUCAAGGCCCUGAAGCCGCAGCUGUGGAACGCGGUGGAUGAGGAGAUCUGCUUGGCUGAGUGCGACAUCUACAGCUACAACCCAGACCUGGACUCAGAUCCCUUCGGGGAAGACGGCAGCCUCUGGUCCUUCAACUACUUCUUCUACAACAAGCGGCUGAAACGGAUCGUGUUCUUCAGCUGCCGCUCUAUCAGUGGAUCCACCUACACUCCGUCGGAGGCAGGCAAUGAGCUGGACAUGGAGCUCGGGGGAGAGGAGGAGGAGGAGAGUGGAGGUGGAGGCCGCGAGGGCGGCCACGAGGAGACCAGCACCAUGGAAGAGGACAGGGUUCCGGUGAUCUGUAUGUGAAGAGGAGGAACAGAGGCCCUCGCUUCACCCAGCUUCAAACAGUGCCUGGACCUGCCCACCUGAGGGGCCGCAGGGCCUCCACAGCUGCUGGCCAGAUCCUGGCGCUACCACAGCACCAGCGCCACUCCAGGCCACGCCUGCCUAGCCCUUUGGCUGUAGCCUGUGGAUGUCCCCUCAGCCCCACAGGCUCCCGCUGCCCACGCUGUGGCUGGACUGGACAGCAACGGCACAGGGCCUGGUGGGAAGAGCCACUGCCCCGCCCAAACGAACUGACACGGGCAGGGACAGCUGGACCACAGAGUUUAUUUUUGUAUUUUGUGCAGGGUCAGGCCUGGACCUGCACACUCCAGCCCAAAGGGCCGGAGACCCAGCAGGCGGUCCCCAGGGGUCAUCCGCCCACUUGUACUCCCCACCUUGCCCAUCGGGCAGCGUGCACUGAGUGUCACUUUGCUGCAGCUGGUUUGCUUCCAAUAAAAGUUUCUGUGACUCAG